AUAAGGUUACAUUUAUUGCAAUUUUCGCUAGAUGUAGUCACUCUGGGAUGGUAAAAGAAGGCCGUAACUUGUUUCAUAAAAUGAAAGAUGACUAUGGAGUUGAGCCUACAGCAGAUCACUAUGCUUGCGUUGUUAACUUGCUUGGUCGAGCAGGUCAGCUGGACGAAGCUUAUCAACUCAUUAAGUCGAUGCCUCCUGAUGUUGACAAAAUAAGCACUUGGAGUAGCAUGCUUGGUGCUUGUCGAAUCCAUCAAAAUGUAGAACUUGGGGAAAUUGCAGCGAAGAAUCUCCUUGAAUUGUAGCCAAAUGUGGCUAGUCAUUAUGUUCUACUCUCUAAUAUCUACUCAUCUACCGAACUCUGGAAGAAAGCAACAGAGAUUCGAAAUAACAUGAAGGAAAUGGGAGUACGAAAAAAACUCGAGUGCAGUUGGAUUGAGUUUGGCGAUGAGGUUCAUAAGUUCAUGGCUGGGGAUGCAUCACAUCCACAAACCGAGCAACUUUAUAGCUUCGUCGAAACAUUGUCAAAGCGAAUGAGAAAAGAGGGUUAUGUUCGUGACACUUCUUGUGUUCUACACAAUGUUGGUGAGGUGGAAAAGGAGAAUCUACUAUGUGCACAUAGUGAGAAACUAGCAAUAGCAUUUGGUAUCCUCAACACGCCUCCUGGCACCACCAUUAGAGUUGCCAAGAACCUUAGAGUCUGUAAUGAUUGCCAUGCUGCUACCAAGUUUAUUUCAAAGAUUGUGGAGAGGGAGAUAAUUGUGAGGGAUGUGAGGAGGUUCCAUUAUUUCAAGGAUGGAACUUGCUCCUGUGGGGAUUAUUGGCGAGGACGCGUCCAAACCAAUAUUUUCCAACAUUAAGGGAAAAGUUUUCAGGAGAUUCAAAUACCAGCAAGCUGUAACAUAAUACUGAUCACUUCAUUUGUAUUAUCAAGAUUAGUAUGUACAAAUUUAUUUAUUAGCAAACAGUUUUUGUAGCUUUAAGUUGUGAAAUAUAAGGAAUAUCACAUAUUGGGAGGGCUAUUGGAGUAAAUGCUUUGCUGUAGCUCUUUGUUUUUUGCGAUUUGUGAAAUGUGGAUGAUCAAUAAUGCUUUUCUCAAAAUUUGGAUGUCUCAGGCUCAAUUCUUUUUUAUUUUUGAAUAAAUUGAAAGGUAGCAAUGGUCAACUAUUCA